AUGGUCAAUGUUACUCCAAACAUGAAAUGCACGAGAUGGUAUUUGCAACAAAAAGCGAAGUCAACGGAGGGUAGUUUCAGAUUGACGCGGUUUUCACACCCUGGUCUUCUUUUGGCUUUGUAUUUUGUUCGGUUCGUACCAAAUAUCCGCGGAGAUCCAGGUCUGUUUAUACCUUUUGAAGAUAAACAAGAUCCCGAUAAAAAGAAGAGGAAAGCUCUAGAUAAGCAAGGUCAACCACAAUCUAACAAAAAGUUGCAGCAACCUUCACUUAGCAAUUCACUCAGCAAUUCAAGAUAUGUAUGCCAAAGAGAAACCUUGAAGCAUCUACCUGCUGACCCUCUUUUUCAGCUGGACUUGAAGUCGCAUCUGCUAGAGAUCAUUCCAGAACAACAGGACCGUCUGAAGAAGCUGAGAUCAGAACAUGGAAAUGUCCCAGUGGGGAAAAUCACUGUAGAUAUGGUACUUGGUGGGAUGAGGGGGUUGACUGGAUUACUCUGGGAGACCUCAUUGCUCGAUGCAGAAAAGGGGAUACGCUUUAGAGGCUUGUCGAUUCCUGAGUGCCAGAAAGUAUUACCUGCAGCUCAGUCUGGAGGCGAGCCCUUGCCUGAGGGUCUUCUGUGGCUUCUUUUAACUAGAAAGGUACCAAACAAAGAUCAAGUUGAUGCAUUGUCAAAAGAGUUGGCGGAUCGUGCGGCCGUGCCAGAUUACGUCUACAAAGCUAUAGAUGCUUUGCCUUCGACAGCUCAUCCAAUGACUCAAUUUGCUAAUGGUGAUAUGGCCCUACAGGUUGGGAGCGCACUUUCAGAUCCAUAUCUUUCAUUUGCAGCUGCAUUAAACCGUUUAGCUGGACCACUCCAUGGUUUGGCUAAUCAGGAAGUGUUGCUGUGGAUCAAAUCGGUUGUCGAGGAAUGUGGGGAAAAUAUAUCAAAGGAACAGCUAAAAGAAUAUGUCUGGAAAGCGUUAAACAGUGGCAAGGUAGUUCCAGGAUAUGGACAUGGUGUUUUGCGUAAGACGGAUCCAAGAUAUGUAUGCCAAAGAGAAUUCGCCUUGAAGCAUCUACCUGAUGACCCUCUUUUUCAGCUGGUGUCAAAGCUUUAUGAAGUUGUGCCUCCUAUUCUAACCGAGCUAGGAAUGGUAAACUAUUUCCAUCAUCACUUCAUUUGCUACCAGAUUUCUCAUCAUCUCUUGUCAAAAACCCGUGGCCUAACGUUUGAUGCUCACAGCGGAGUGCUGCUAAACUAUUAUGGUCUAACCGAAGCAAGAUACUACACGGUUCUUUUUGGCGUCUCAAGGAGUAUUGGAAUCUGCUCACAGCUUUGGAUGCUGAGGUUCAGGGGAGAAGAAAAGGCUCCUGAACAUUUGGGCACUAACAGCGAUUACAACGUUAAGUGUGAUGGCAAAAAUAUGUUGAACUGGUACGUGGGGGAAGGAAUGGAGGAAGGUGAGGCCUCUGCUGCUCGUGAAAAGUUAGAUGCACUGGAGAAAGAUUACGAAGAAGUUGGUACUGGCGGGUAUAAAGAUGAUGGAUAUGCUUAA